GCCCAACCACCCAAGCCCAUUAUUAACUUUAGGGAAGUCUUCAAAGUAAAAACCGAUUGCGCCUCAUCUUUCUGUCGUCAAUCUCCCCAAUCGCACAAAUAUUCUUCCUUCCUCCUCCCUCUGCUUAUUUUCUCAGCUUGCCCUAAUCCUAUGUCUCUUCCUUCAAUCCGCCAUCGUCGUUCAUUGCCGGAGGUUGGUUGCAGUUGUCUCCGAUGGCUGAAGCAUGGUGGUCGAUAGUUACACUAAUUUGGUGAAUAAUUUUUUUCAAGUGAAACAAUAUUUCUCCAUCAAUUCAAUAUAAUCAGUUUCCUACCACUGCAACAAAGUAUGGGCAAAAAAAUAGCAUGAGUGAUAAACUAAAUAAUACUACAGUUCUCGUAGAAAUAACCAUCGUCACAAUGGAAAUCCGCCUGUCGAAUUUUGAAGUUUACACAAUUCCGUCAUACAUUGGUGUUGAAACGGAAGGUGGAAUGGGUAGGUAGGCAGGGAAAGGGUUGGGUGUGGGGAAAAAAAGGCAGACUACAUUACGGUCCCAAUGGCGUUCUCUCUGUGCUUCUCGUUUCCUCCUAAUCAUCAUCAUCAUCAUCAUCAUCCAAGGAAAUCACUCAAGGCUGCUGCCGUUGCAGCAACUCGAGUAGUAAUGAACAUCGGCCAAGUCACUGGAAACGGCAGAGGCGAUGGGUGGAGUUUCUUGGGCGGUUCAAAGGUGGCCACUACUUGUCAACCAAAGCCGACCUGCCUUCAUCACAACACCUCAUCCAGCAGACUACUCUACGCUUCAUCAUCAUUUUCAGCGAGCGCCAGCAAUGUGUUCAGCGUGGGAACAACAGCUGUGCUCCCAAUUUUACGUGCUCAUGCUUCUGGCUCCAAAAUCACAACUCACAAGGAAGUGCAUGGGAAGUAUGAUACCAGACACGGCGCUGGGGCUUUUGUAUGGAUAUCUGGUCUACUUUUCCUGGACGCCUGAUACUUUGCACCUUAUGUUUGGAGCCAAAUACAUGGUGCCCGAGGUCUCUCUGUCUUCCUUUCUUUCUUUUUUUGUCUUCCAUUAUAGUAGCCAAAAAGCAUAAACAGAUUGUUUACAACACCGUGAGUUAGGAUGACAAUAUAUGUAGGGGUGGUAUACGGUAUUGCGGUUAACGGUUUAACCGGUAACCGUACCGGUAACCGCGGUUACCGGUUAAACCGUUAACCGUACCAAACGGUAAUCGGCGGCGGGAUCGUUGCAACUGGUAUACCGAAGGAGGAACGGUAAAAUACCGUCGGCAACUCAGUAUUUCGAUACCGAAUGGGAAAGACAGCAGCCAAACACCAAAAGCCCAACUCCCUAGUCCCUUAUCGACCCUAACUCCCCCAAGUAAAUUAAUUAACCUAGUUGUAAUAAUUAAUUAGUUAAUAGAAAUGAGUAGAAAACUAAAUCGUAAUCUCUAUUUCCAUCUCUCUCCCUUGCCUGUCGCACGAGCACGACCAGUCAUGCCGCCGACCCUCCUCCGUUCUCGAAUCCAAAUGUCGCCGAUCGAAACCGGCAGGAUCUUCGUCAUCUCCAUCGCCGGCGCAAGAUCCACCCAAGAGACAAGACCCAAGCCCUGUUUUCGUCGACCCCCUUCGCCGUUGCCCUUUUCCGUCGAACCCGUCGCCGUCGGAGCUUAAUUGCUCGAAGCCUCGACCCACAGCCUGAAGCCCUGAACCCAUACAGUAAUUCGUACUUCAUACUUCGUCCUCUCCUCUCCGUCGAUGAGAGGUAAGUUCAUGUUGAUUUAAUGAUUUGUUAAUUGAUUAAUUAUUUCAUAGGGGUUUCCUUCCCUUCCAUCUGCUCCGAAAUCGAAUGAAUGAAUAAUGAAAAUGAUGGUCUCUCACUUUAUUUCAUUUGUAGACAAGACUCACAAGAGUACAAGACAAAUAGACAAGACUCACAAGAAGACAAGACAAAUAUAAUGAAUAAUGAUGGGUGAUAGCCUUCCACAAAUUUCCGCCCGCAGCAAGCCAGCAACACUUGCCUACCAGAAUUCGGGAAACCAUUCUCCUUACCGAUUCAGUUCCAGUCGGUAUGCGGUAUUACCGAUUUUUCUCGGUAACGGCUAACGACAGCAGUGAGGGGAAUUCCGGUAUACCGGAAACCGGUCAAACGGUAACCGGUUUAAGCGGUUACCGACCGUUUAGCACCCCUAAAUAUAUGAACCCAAAUAUGGGUAUUCUCGGGGAUCCAAUCCGGUCAAAGUGGGUAAAGCUCGGUAUUGGCGAAUUUUGGGGCCGGUGCGGGUUUUACUCGUUUAUGAAAUUGAUGGAUUUGGUUUGGGUUUGGUUUCUGUCAGAACCGAACCCACUUUCCAUCAAUUUAAUCCAUAAAGCAAAACAACAUCCUUUUUUUUUUUAUCUGAUCAGAACAAUGACUACUUCGGUGCACUCACAAAAAUGAGUGUGUUCAAUGCACCCAACUCAAAAAUUAGUCUUAACGUGUCGGAUUGUGAAUAUUAAUUUGUAGAAUUAGUGUAAUAUGAUGAUAUAACAUAUGAUAACAUCUAAUUAGCGGAUUACCCUAAACCCUAGACCUCCAAUUUUGAGUUCUAUCCCUAAACCCCAAACUGUAAACCCUAACCCUAAAUCUUUAAACUCUAAAUCCUUCAAAUUAAAGUAAAUCUUUAAUG